AUGAGGUUCUGGUAUGAUAUUCGAGAAACCUUCACCAUUUCUGUUGCUCCAUCAAGUGGCUUUGAGGAUUCCUAUUUUUUCAAUAUCGGUCAAGGUGUCCGCCAGGGCUGCAUUCUGUUACUUCAUCUUUUCAAUGUCUACUCAGAGAAAAUAAUACGAGAUGCUCUAGAAGGUUUUGAAGGAUCCGUAAAAGUAGGCGGAAGAAUCGUCACGUACCUUAGAUACGCUGACGACAUUGUCCUCGUUGCUGGAUCUAUGCAAGUACUAGAAACUCUCGUCGAGCUGGCAAGUGAACAAGCAGGAUUAAUGUUCAAUACGCAAAAGGCAAAGGUUGUGAAGAUGGCUAGUGAUCCAGAGAACACUGAAAUGAUAGAAACGGUUGAAACAUUCCUCUACCUAGGUGCAAUAUUCACAAAUGACUGCAAUGACAGCGCCGAUCUCAAUAGGAGAUUGUCCUUCAUUGGUCACGUUGCAAGAGGCAAAGGUCUGGGCAAUGGUGAACUGCUAGGAAUGAUUAGGAAUAUGAGAGGAAACUGGGCUGCGCACGGGAAGACCCAACAACAUGUCAACACUCAGAAAGUUUUACAUAAUGUGGAGGCAAGUUUUGUGUUACUCCUCACACCAUAUUUCAACCUUAAGUCAAAGUUUGAAGAAGAGACGAUCGGGGUGAACGGAAAGAAAGUACAGUUGCAAGGGAAUAAAUGCUUUAGGGAAAAGAAUGUUAGACAAGACGAGCAAGUUGUAGAUGUCCCAACAAGAAUCUUAAAGGAGGUGAAGGAGAACGGAGAGGAAUUUAAAAAAGCUACUGGCGCUUACCAGCAGAGCAUCCAGGUACAAGUAGAGAGCGAGGGUUUACAAUGA